UCUCUCUCUCUCAUCACACGCACACACAUACACACAUGCUCUCACUCUUCGUGGGAGAAAGUAAAGAAGGGGAGAGGGAAAGAGAGAGAAGAGAGAGAGCGUGAUUCCAGGUCUCUCUCUGCGGCUCUCUCCACUUUGGGUUCUCGAACCCAUUCUGACUCAAUGGGGCUUUAGCACAAAGGGUUUCAACGUUAAAAUAAAGGAUAUUUAUUCACCCCAAACCCCUUUAGGUGUUUAGGUUUUGUGCAUUAACAUAGUCCGACUCAUUAAGGAAAGGAGAGAGGUAAAGACGUCUGCAGACGAGCCGUCUGCUUUGUCCGUGACCUCUGAGAAAGUUCAGUCGGGAUCCUGUCGUCGGCUGACUUUCUGUAAGAGGAUAAAACUACCACCAUCUCCUACAUUUACAGCACAACCAGCCGCUGAACUGCUGCAGAACUAUGGAUAUUGGAGCUUGUCCUUUCCGGAAGAAACGGAGACAAUGGCGCGUGGACUUCUCAUCCAUCGCCUUGGUGGCGGUGGUGCUCGCUGUAUGCCAAACGACCGUGGUUAGAGCAGACCCAGUGGAUGUGUUGCGGGCUCUUCAGGUUCCGUCUCUCCCUGAGGGCGUGAAGAAAGUUCCCGGCUUCUGCACAUCCCGCCGCUCCAGCAGCCCCGAUCAUGCUUACCGCAUCUCCAAGAAGGCCCAGAUCUCUGCCCCCACCAAGCAGCUCUUCUCAGGUCGUUUCCCAGAGAAUUUCUCCCUCAUGGCUCUGGUUAAGGCCCAGGCAGGUCUGCAGACCUUCCUCCUCUCCAUCUACAGUGAGCAGGGCAUCCAGCAGCUGGGCAUUGAACUGGGACGCUCACCUGUUUUCCUGUACGAGGAUCAGAACGGCAAACCAGCUCCCGAGGACUACCCACUGUUCAAAGGCGUCAACCUGGCUGAUGGCAAGUGGCAUCGCAUCGCCUUCUCUGUUUCCAAGAAAAACGUGACACUGCUGCUCGACUGCAAGAAGAAGAUGACUCGCCCUCUUCCCCGAGGCAACAACGCUGUAGUCGACACCAACGGCAUAACAGUGUUCGGAGCCCGUCUGCUUGAUGAGGAGGUUUUCCAGGGAGAUAUCCAGCAACUGCUGAUCGCCUCCAACCCCCAGGCUGCUUAUGACUUCUGUGAACACUACAGCCCAGACUGUGACUCCCCUCUGCCCAAGACCCAGGCUCAGGACCCCAACACAUACAAGAAGCCACUCAAUGGAAAAGCUGCCCCCACUAAAGCCACACCUGUCAAACCUAAAUCCACUCCACCUAGGCCGGCCAAGACUGGAUCGUACAAACUUGUGGUCAAGCCACCAAUGCCUACCAAAGCCUCAAAGUCCACCGCAGCUAAGUUAUCUAAAACAAAGCCCACUGCAGUAGAGAUCCUCUUGUCGAAGAUCAAACCAACUGCAGCAGCUAAAUCCAAGGCCCCAGCUAAGAAUGGUAAUGGUAAAGCAGCUGCUGAGAAGAAAGCUAACGUUUCCGCUAAAGCCAAUGGCAAUGGAAAAGCUAAUGGCAAUGGCAAUGGCAAAGCUGAAGCUAAACCUACAGCUCAGGUCAAGGUUAAUGGCAAUGCCAAGGUUGUCAUUGAGAAGAAGCUUAUUAGUAUUGGAAAAUCCUCAGCAGAAAAGAAAGCCAAUGGAAAUGGAAAAGCAACUGCUGUGUCUAAGACUAAAGGAAAUGGAAAUGGAAAAGCCACAGCUGAGAAGAAAGCUAAUGGGGAGAUUAAAGUUAACGGCAAAGCUGACAAAGGCAACGGAAAGGUUAUCUCUGUGGUAGAGAAGAAAGGCAUUAGUAAUGGUGCUGCAAAUCAGGCAAAAACUGAAACCACUCCUAAAUCAAAGACUGAGACCGUUUUCAAGGUAGAAAAGAUAGAAAAGACUGUGGUCAGUGCAACCAAAGCAGCUGCCAAAGCAGGGGCUACCAAAGCACCUAAACCCACAAAGGCAUCAAAACCUGAACCCACAAAAGCGGCAAAGGCUGUGGCUACCAAAGCUCAAGCAGCGAAGGUUAAAACAGUGGUCACAAAAGUCCCUCUGGUCAAAUCCACAACAAGCAAAGUUGUGAAAAAUGUGGUCGAAAAGUUUACCAUCACUAAGAAGGCAGCCACGAGUCCUGCCCCUGUCCGACCCACUCCACCCAGACCCACGAAAUCCAAGGUGAUGUUGGACAUUAAUGUCAAAUCCCAGCACAAACCCUUCCCACCAUUUGGCAAGUCGGUGCUGAGUGGAACCGUCGUCCCAGCGAAGAAAAUUACCAACGGUUAUCAACAGGAUGUAGACACUGAAUAUACCGAGGCUGGCCACACCGCUACAGAGACUGAUUAUUACUAUGAGGAGACGGUCCCACUGCCAGAGGGUGAGGUGAUUGGACAUGAAGAGAUCCCUGUGCAGCCCCAGGUGGAGCCACAUUUAGUGGGAGAGGAGGUAGAUGCCACCAAGGCUGGCGGUGCAGGAGAGGAGGUCUUCACUGAGGAGUAUGUGACCGGGGACGUGGGCCUCAAGGAAUACGACUAUUCCUACAGGGACUACAGUGAGCCAUUAGUGGAGACUGGAGAGAUCGAUGCCCACAUGGGCCCUGCCCUGUCCGCUGUGACAGAUGAGGGAGGCGCUGCCAUCAGAGGCCAGAAAGGAGAGAAAGGUGACCCUGCUGUCUUGGAGCCUGGUAUGCUGAUUGAAGGACCUCCAGGACCUGAGGGACCUGCUGGUCCCACCGGCCCCCCUGGCUCUUCAGGACCUCCAGGGUCUGUUGGUGACCCAGGCGAGAGAGGACCUUCUGGUAAACCUGGUCUACCUGGAGCUGAUGGCAUCCCUGGACCUCCUGGAAGCUCAAUCAUGUUGCCCUUCCGUUUUGGUCAGAGUGGAGGAGAUAAGGGUCCUGUUGUUUCUGCACAGGAAGCUCAUGCAGCAGCCAUAUUGUCUCAGGCCAGGAUGGCUCUGAAGGGACCUCCUGGACCAAUGGGAUUCACCGGACGUCCUGGACCCCUGGGAAGUCCUGGAAGUACUGGUCUAAAGGGAGAAAGUGGAGACCCUGGUCCUCAGGGCCCCAGGGGAACCCAGGGAUUGAUGGGACCUCCAGGCAAAGCAGGAAGAAGAGGCCGUGCUGGAGCUGAUGGUGCCAGAGGAAUGCCUGGAGAGAUUGGAUCUAAGGGUGAUCGUGGUUUUGAUGGUCUUCCUGGUUUGCCUGGAGACAAAGGACACAGGGGCGACCCUGGACCAAUGGGACCCCUAGGAUCCCAAGGAGAGGACGGAGAGAGGGGAGACGAUGGAGACAUUGGACCCAGGGGUCUCCCAGGUGAACCAGGACCUCGUGGUUUGCUCGGACCCAAAGGUCCUCCUGGAAUCUCUGGACCUCCUGGUGUACGAGGAAAUGACGGGCCCCACGGUCCCAAAGGAAACUUGGGUCCUCAAGGUGAACCAGGACCUCCAGGUCAGCAGGGAACUCCAGGAACUCAGGGAAUGUCAGGACCUCAGGGAGCCACAGGACCACCAGGAGAGAAAGGUCCCACAGGAAAACCAGGUCUGCCUGGAAUGCCAGGAGCUGACGGUCCUCCCGGUCACCCAGGAAAGGAGGGGCCUGGUGGCACAAAAGGAAACCAGGGUCCCUCAGGUCCUCAAGGACCCAUCGGUUAUCCUGGUCCUCGUGGCAUCAAGGGAACUCAAGGAAUCCGUGGUCUGAAGGGUCACAAGGGAGAGAAGGGAGAAGAUGGUUUCCCUGGUAUUAAAGGAGAUUUUGGUGCCAAGGGAGAGAGGGGUGAGAUUGGAGUACCAGGGCCCAGAGGAGAGGACGGACCAGAGGGGCCAAAGGGUCGUUUUGGACCCCCUGGCGAGAUUGGACCCCUUGGAUUAGUUGGAGAGAAGGGUAAACUUGGUGUUCCUGGACUUCCUGGAUAUCCUGGAAGACAAGGACCAAAAGGCUCUCUUGGAUUCCCUGGAUUCCCUGGUUCAAACGGCGAGAAGGGAACAAGGGGUCUCGCAGGCAAAUCAGGUCCUAGAGGCCAGAGAGGACCAACGGGCCCCAGAGGACAGAGAGGACCACGGGGUGCCACCGGCAAAUCAGGGGCCAAGGGAACUUCGGGCAGUGAUGGUCCUUCUGGUCCUCUUGGAGAGAGGGGAUUGCCUGGGCCUCAGGGAGCCAACGGUUUCCCCGGACCAAAGGGACCUCCCGGACCACCAGGAAAGGAUGGACUGCCUGGACACCCAGGACAGAGAGGAGAAGUUGGUUUCCAAGGAAAGUUGGGUCCACCUGGGCCUCCUGGAGUUGUCGGACCUCAGGGUCCAUCAGGAGAGACUGGACCCAUGGGUGAGCGUGGCCACCCUGGACCCCCAGGUCCACCUGGAGAGCAAGGCCUUUCUGGUCCAUCCGGGAAGGAGGGCACCAAGGGAGACCCUGGUCCCCCUGGAGGCCCCGGUAAAGAUGGGCCCGCAGGUUUGAGAGGCUUCCCUGGAGAGAGAGGACUGCCUGGAACUCCUGGAGGUGGAGGGCUGAAGGGAAGUGAAGGACCUGCUGGACCUCCUGGACCUGCUGGCUCUUCUGGUGAGAGGGGACAACCUGGUACUGCUGGACCUGUUGGACCACCUGGCAGACCUGGUCCUCAGGGGCCUCCAGGACCCGCUGGAGAGAAGGGAGUUCCUGGAGAGAAAGGCCCGCUUGGCCCGGCAGGUCGUGAUGGCGUUCAGGGACCCGUGGGUCUGCCUGGCCCCGCUGGAUCACCUGGAGUACCUGGAGAGGAUGGAGACAAGGGUGAGGUCGGAGAACAUGGUCAGAAGGGCGCCAAGGGAGGAAAAGGAGAACAUGGUCCUCCUGGUCCACCCGGGCCAAUGGGUCCCGUCGGUCAGCCUGGUCCUGCUGGUGCUGAUGGAGAGCUUGGUCCCAGAGGCCAGCAGGGGCAUUUUGGAACUAAAGGUGAUGAAGGAAUCAGAGGAUUCCCUGGAGCUCCAGGACCAAUUGGACUGCAGGGGCUGCCAGGGCCGCCAGGUGAGAAGGGAGAGACGGGAGAUGUUGGACCUCUGGGACCUCCUGGACCUCCAGGACCCCGUGGACCUGCCGGACCCAACGGUGCUGAUGGUACUCAAGGUCCUCCUGGUGGUUUGGGUAAUCCUGGACCUGCUGGAGAGAAGGGAGAGCCUGGUGAGUCUGGACCGCCUGGAAUUGUUGGAGAGCCUGGAAAGAAGGGUCCUCGCGGAGAACUCGGAGAGAAGGGAGAAGCUGGACAACCUGGAACUGCUGGACCUGCCGGUGGACGAGGUCGACCAGGAGAUGACGGACCCAAAGGAAACCCGGGUCCUGUUGGUUUCCCUGGUGAUCCUGGUCCACAUGGUGAAGUUGGACCCAGAGGUCAAGAUGGUGCAAAGGGAGAGCGAGGAGAAGAUGGUGAACAAGGAGAAUCUGGCUCCCCUGGACCUUCUGGUGAGAACGGACCUCCUGGCCCCCCAGGAAAGAGGGGUCCUGCUGGAACAAGAGGACCAGAGGGACGUCAGGGAGAGAAGGGAACCAAGGGAGACUCAGGAGCUGUUGGCCCACCAGGAAAAACUGGCCCUGUCGGCCCCCAGGGCCAACCAGGAAAACCAGGAACAGAAGGUCUCAGGGGACUUCCAGGACCAGUGGGUGAGCAAGGAUCUCCAGGACUUGCUGGGCAGAAAGGACCACCUGGACCUCUUGGACCUCCUGGUUUGCCUGGUCUGCGUGGAGACCCAGGUGCCAAGGGAGAGAAGGGACACCCAGGUCUUAUUGGGCUUAUCGGACCCCCAGGAGAGCAGGGAGAGAAGGGAGACCGUGGUCUAUCCGGGCCUCAGGGAUCUUCUGGACCCAAAGGAGAGCCUGGAAUGUCUGGAGGAACCGGACCACUUGGCCCUGCUGGUCCCCCUGGUCUGCCUGGUCCCCAAGGUAUCAAAGGAGCUAAAGGUUCUUCUGGAGGAGCUGGUCCGAAGGGAGAAAAGGGUGUUCAAGGAACUGCUGGACCUCCUGGCCCACCAGGUGAAGUCAUUCAGCCCUUGCCAAUCCAGAGGAGUCCCAAGUCCAAGCGCUCCAUUGACGCCAGCCAGUUGCUCCCAGAGUCCGACGCUGACAUGCCUGCGUCUGAUGCCACUGGCACCGAGUUCCUGAUGGGCAGCGAAGGCAUGGAGGAGAUCUUUGGCUCUCUCAACUCACUUCGCCAGGAGAUUGAGACCAUGCGGUUCCCUCUGGGCACCCAGGACAGUCCUGCCCGCACCUGCCAGGACCUGUACCUCAGUCAGCCAGACCUCAAAGACGGAGAGUACUGGAUUGACCCCAACCAGGGCUGCUCUAGAGACUCCUUCAAGGUCUUCUGUAAUUUCACGAAUGGAGCAGAGACAUGCCUGUAUCCCAGCAAGAACAUCAACUCGGUGAAGAUGAGCUCCUGGGACAAAGAGACCCCAGGAUCCUGGUACAGUCAAUUCAAGACUGGUAGCAAGUUCUCCUAUGUGGACUCUAAUGGCGAGCUAGUGGGCGUGGUCCAACUGGGCUUCCUGCGUCUCCUAAGCAUCCAGGCCCAUCAGAAAAUCACCUACCACUGCCACCGUUCUGUGGCCUGGGCCGACCAAAGUGCCAAGAACAACUACAACAGGGCGCUGCACCUGCAGAGCGCCAACGAGGAGGAGCUGAGCUACGAGACCAACCCUUACAUUAAAGCCUUGGUCGACGGCUGCUCUUAUCGAAAGGGCUUUGACAGGACAGUCCUGGAGAUCAACACGCCGCAGGUGGAGCAUCUCCCUCUGCUGGAUAUCAAGGUGUCAGACUUUGGGGAGAGCAACCAGCAGUUUGGCUUUGAAGUGGGACCUGUCUGUUUCCAAGGCUAAAAACAUACACACAAACGCAUACAUAUCCAGAAAACAACAUGCACACACAUGCACUUAGAGACACACUUAUACAUCAUAAACAUACAUGCCCAGUAAUUUGUAAAUUAUCUUGUAAAUGAUAUGAAACAAACACACAGACACACACACACACACACACACACAUACACACACAUACACAGAUGCUGUUGUGAGACAAACACACAAAGCACUCACACUUAAGUACGUGCCUGGGAAAAGUGACAUCCUCCCAACAAUUAAUGGACGUCAAAAUAAAAGCAAAGAGGAGAGAAAUAAUAAUUUAAAAAAAACUUGGGAAGAGAAAAAAAAAGAGACCAACGCUCGGUGGCACGUCAGCGAGGAAGGAAGAAAAAAGCCGGAGUUUUCUUCAGAGAAAGUGUUUUUCUCUACCAGCAGCAAAUGAGAGAGAAAAGAGAGUAAGCUGGCAACUCGAGGCCUUAAGGCCUCAUCACCUCCACCCCUCUGUCUCCCUCUGAUCCCCCUCUCACUCCUCUCUCCUCCCCGCUGUGUCUCUUUCUUUGACCCCACUCAUCUCACCUGCUCUACCUCCCCUUCUUCUGUGACUCCACCUUCACACUGCGAGCAGCUUGAUUGACAGUUUCACUCCUUAAUGACCAAAGGUGCUCGAGGCUCCUGUAAUUGCUGUCCGCUUCCACAAUGUUCCAAACAGUGGCUUUGUGUUGUGGUUUAUUCUUUCAGUCGUUCAUAGGGCUGGGUAUCAAAUGUCAAUACUUCAGUGGAAUGGACUGGGUAUCGAACUUUCUCUGUAUCACCUAAUAUCACAAACGUGUUGUAAUAUUUUGGUAGCAGUGGUGUUCAUUUAAACAGGGAUUGUGAGCCAAUAAGCAUGCAGCAUGUUGUUUGACUGAGAUCUUAUGGCUAGAACACAAAUAAAUUUACCAUAAUGUGCCAUGUAAUUUUUUUUUGUUAAAACCGAUUUAAUAAAAUUGAUAUCAAAAGUAUCAUUCAGGAAUCGGUAUCAAAGUCCAGAUAACGUUAUCAAUGCUGUAUCAAAUGUUCUGAUCAUUACCCAGCCCCUUGCUGAUCAUUCAGAUAGAAAGUUGCUGAGAAUUGAGAGCUUUUUUUAAUCAACUUUUCAUCUGACAAAACGUCUCAUGAAGAACCAACAUCAAACAGUUGACGACCCAAGAUCUUAGAUGUUAACAAACCUCAGUGCCACCUCUGUAAAUCUCUUAGGUUGUUACAUCAAAAGACCAAAGAAUAAACUCUGCCUGUUUCCAUUUCAGCGGCGUCCUGCUCGUUGGACUGAUCAGUUUUUAUUUCACUCAAACUGAUAUCUGACUGGUUUUCUCCUCAUGGCCACCUCGCAGUGUCAAUAAAACUGAUGAUUCAUUUUUGAUAGUAAUGUGAUUCAGUGAGGUUAAAGUGCUUCCAAUUUUUUUUCUUUAAACUGGACGAGCUUUCCUCAGCCUCAAAAAUUGUAUUGUUUUUUUUUCCAUCGAAGCAAACCUGCUGCGUGCAGUGAGUCGGGCCAGGAGACGUGUCCUCACCAUAAAUAAGUGAAUUUUAAAGCCAUUAUUUUUAUAAACUGUGCUGAACAUGUUAACGGUGCCUGAUUCUUCAUUGUCUGUCAAUCAUGGGUCACUACCACACUUCCCGGGUCACUUUCAGGGUUCUUUGAUUAUUGUUUUUGCAUCCCAGUACAAAACAUCAUCAUCAUUAUCAUUGUCGUCAACAUGGGGGUUUAAAUAUGUAAAAUCACAGUCAAAGUUUCCUCUUUCUCUUUUUAUUUUUGCAGCAGUGAAUAAAGUGCAGGCUUUACUGAAAGGUGCUAAUUAUACCAAAGCAUAAAUGUCUUAGUCCUCCAUUUUCUUUAGACUAUUUUUUUUAUAAACAUAAUUUCAUAAUGCUUUUUACUGGGGAAAAUGUGCAUUACAUUCCAUUUGUACAGAAAUAGUGAUAUUCUAUUGUAUUUAUUUAAAACAAACAGGGUGCUUAAAGAUUUAAAGAGGAAAAAGAAGAACCACCAAAUCUUCCAGUCAAAUGUGGUAUGUUUCAUUUGUAUUUAUUUCCUGCAGCUGACACUUGAAGGUCGAGUGAAGCGAGUGACUUGCAUGUUGAACUCACUGCCAGCCUGAGUUAUGGUGCUUCUAUUCACGCCCUUUCCAAACCAAAUAAUCUGUGGCCAUAUUUUUAUUGUAAUAUCCCUUCUUUUAGUGUUUUCAUCAACUGUACUGUGCUGUUUAAAUUUUGCCUCCACUGUAAUGAUUAAAUGGUGACUCUCCAUUUCUGUCACA